AUGUUCCCCUGUCCUCAACACUGCCAAUGGGGUAGCUGUCCAAUUUGGAAGGAACACUUCAAGACCUUGCUGAAGCGGCCAGCACCGUCAGCUCCUGGACUCGAACACGUUCAUAGAUCGACAUAUGUGGUUAACGAAGGGCCACCGAACGAGUCGGAGGUCCUGGUCUGUAUUCAGAAAAUGAAGAAUGGAAAAUCUGGUGGAGACGACUGGAUUAGCGCAGAAAUGCCAAAAUAUCUUCCUCCGUCUGGAAUCCGUCAAAUGACAAAGAUCAUCCGUUCAAUAUGGAUAGACGAAAGGAUACCUGAUUCGUGGAGACACGCUAUCAUAAUUCCUCUCCACAAGAAGUUAUCCGUGACGGACCCCAGGAAUUAUCGAGGAAUCUCUUUGCUGCGUGUUAUGUACAAGGUAUUGGAGCGCAUUAUCCUGGACCGACUAAUUAAACAUUGCGAAAAAACAACGCGCGACGGGCAAGCUGGCUUUUGUCCUGGCCGAUCUACGAUUGACCAGGUGUUCAUCGUCAGGAGAGUGAUCGAAAUCUGGCAGCGGUAUUCGAAGCCAAUGCAACUAGCGUUUCUCGACUUUGAAGCCGCGUUCGACUCUCCUCACCGAAGCCAUUUUCUCAAUGCGCUCCGCGCUGAUGGAGUACCAGGAAAGUUCGUUCGCUUGCUUGAUGACAUGAAUCAACGAACAACUGCUGCAGUUCGAACACGAGCCGGAUGUACAACACCGUUUGAAGUGGUAACUGGAGUAAGACAAGGGGCAGUGGCAGGACCUUUCCUGUUCAAUUCCUUUCCUUUCGCAAUCGACGACAUUAUGCGAAGGACAGUCGACUAG